CCAGUCUGUGUGCAAGCCAUUGUGAUUGUGAACACCGAUCAACAGGAUGGCCAUGGCGUUGACGAGCGCAGGCAGCCUCCAUUCGAUUGCACCACCCGGUGUGAUUGCAUGUGAGCGGCGAUAUGCAGAAUCUGGUGCCCGCGCAAGGAGAGUGCGGACAUGGCUGCUAUCCCUGAGUGGCGGAGGAGCGUCGACCCAAGCAGCUUCUUCGCUCUCUGAACCUGACAUCUGUCGGGCAGAGCGGCAUGUAUGUGCUGCUCGCAGCGGUGUCCCGCUGAAUGUGGGACUCGGUUCCACGAGGCCAAGCAAGGUGGGACUUGGUUACACAAGGGCGAGCAGGAAGUCCCGUUCAAGACCAUUUUGGCUGGCGGCAGUGAGAUCUGAAGGUGAUGAGGGCAGGAGAACGUCUGGAGGUAGCGAGGGAAGGGACGGCAGCAAUCCCUUGCGCUUCGUGCGGUGGUUUAGGUCGAAGUUGAGCACGUUCUUUCCCUCAGGAGAGGGACAGAGAGAGGCGAAGUCGGGGGACAAAGGGAACUACAACGUCUACUACACUGUGAAAAAUGGUGAUACUCUGGAAGGUAUCGCGGACAAGUUCGACGUCCCCCGCCAUUUUCUGAUGGAGGUCAACGAUAUUGAGGGCAGUAAGAAGUUGAGUGCGGGUCAGGUUCUGUGGAUUCCGCAUGUGUACGAAGUGAAGAGGGGUGACACGCUGGACAGCAUUGCGGAGAAGUUCGGUGUGCCCAAGUCGAGGCUGCGGGAGGUCAAUGGUAUUCAGGACGCUGAUUCGAUAUCUAGCGAGGACGCAUUGAUAAUCCCGCCUACGGAAGUUGAGAGCAGGGCGGGAGGAAAAGGCCGUGAAGGGGAGCGCCAGGGUGUUCACAGUGGGAUGGGAGGAUCGACGUCCGGCACGGCAGGGACGACGGGCAGCGCAGGGCAAGGAGGAGGAUCAACGACGGGGACGGCGGGUAGGAGCGGUACCUCAGGGGGGCCAGGCGGAGGAUCAACGUCCGGGGCGCGGGUGGCACAUCUGCAGGGCAAGGAGGAGCUGGAGGGGUGGGUGGCUCAUCUGCAGGGCGAGGAGGAGGGUCAACGACGGGGACGGCGGGGACGGCUGGUACGAGCGGUACCACAGGGCAAGGCGGAGGAUCAGCUUCAUCGACGACGGGGACAACGGGUGGGUCGGCAACCCGCGGAGGGCAGGGGGAUGCAGGGCAAGGAAGUGGAUAGGGCAGGGGAUCCGCUGGCCAGUAAAGCCGAGAGAGUAUUGUACCUCAGGGUAGGGAUGAAGAGGGUUAAGAGGUUCGUCUCAGAUCAUGAAACGCAGUGGAAGUGCUUCAUGGAUGCGUGGACGCAGACCGAGGAGAGAAGGACUGGGAUCGGUGUCCGUUAAUCUUUCUCGUACCGCCAUGUAGAGAUGAAUCUGACUGCAAGUACGUCCACAGCUUAGUAGGAAAAACCGCCAUGCUAGCGCUUUCGUAAAUGCAUCUGACUGCAAUUACGGCCGGAGCAGGAUGAAUCUGACUGGAAGUACGUCCACAGCUUAGUAGAAAAAAUCGCCAUGCGAGCGCUUUCGUAAAUGCAUGUGACUGCAAUUACGGCCGGAGCAGGAUGAUGAAUCUGACUGCAAGUACGUCCACAGCUUACUAGGAAAAAUCGUAAUGUGGUAUGCCCUUAAUCGC